CCUCCCUUCUGCUUCUUUCCUUGAUAUACUGCUUCCUUCUCGGGACUCACAAAAGCUCAUUUCUCUCUAACUUUUUCCCCCCAUUGGUUUCUCUUGCCGAGCUCAUUCAUGGCGGUUCUUCGCGCGGGUCUCACUGCCAGAUACUGUGGCAGGUGCCAGUCGUCGGAUCUGGGGCCUAUCAAGCCGCGGUUUGGAUCUAUUCCUGUAUUUUCUCAGCCAUGGUGGAGACGGAGCUCUGGAUUUAUGAUGGUGCGGAGAUGCCUGUUGGAGCACAGCAAAUGGGACAAUCCGCUUCCUCUCUCUCUCGAACGAACUGCUGAGCAUUUGGAUUUGGAGAAGGAGAAGGACAACACGCUGCCCACUGGUACGAGAGACUUGGUGUCUUUGCGUGAUGUUGACAUUAGAGAGGAAGAAGCUAAAGGCAUUGCUAAUACUGAGCAAACUCAAACUGAAGUUCCGUAUAUUAAGAAAGAAGUAGAGUAUGUAGACAAAGAGGCCACUGCUCUAACUAAAGUACUAUAUGAGAAGAAAGAAACAAAGGUUGUUGAUAAAGAGGAGCAUGCUCAAACUUUAGUAUCAUUUACCAAGGAAGAAGCAGUGGAAGUUGAUGAAGGGGAACAAACUCGAAUUAAAGUAACAUAUAAUAUUGUUUUUAUCACUGCUGAAGCUGCACCAUAUUCCAAGACUGGAGGAUUAGGAGAUGUCUGUGGUUCUUUACCUAUAGCACUUGCUGGCCGUGGACAUCGCGUGAUGGUUUUGUCCCCUAGAUACUUAAAUGGAACUCUAAAUAGUCACUAUGCUUCUGCAAAAGAUCUUGAGAAGCACAUAAAUGUAUCAUGCUUCGGAGGUGAUCAAGAAGUUGCAUUUUUCCACGAGUAUAGAGCAGGCGUUGAUUGGGUUUUUGUCGAUCAUCCUUGUUAUCACAGACCUGGAAGUUUGUAUGGUGAUGAACAUGGUACUUUUGGUGACAAUCAGUUUAGGUUUGCAUUACUUUGCCAUGCAGCAUGUGAGGCUCCUUUAGUUCUUCCACUAGGGGGUUAUACCUAUGGCGAGAAUUGUUUAUUUCUUGUCAAUGAUUGGCAUGCAAGUCUUGUGCCAGUACUUUUGGGUGCAAAAUAUCGUCCACAUGGUGUUUACAAAGAUGCUCGCAGCAUUCUAAUUAUUCAUAACCUGGCACAUCAGGGUGUGGAACCAGCAAUAACAUAUGAGAACUUGGGAUUGCCAGCUCAAUGGUAUGGGGCAUUAGAAUGGAUCUUCCCUACUUGGGCAAGGAAACAUGCUCUUGACACUGGUGCAACUGUCAACAUCUUGAAGGGUGCAAUUGUCACAGCUGAUCGUAUACUAACUGUUAGCCAGGGUUAUGCUUGGGAAAUAACUACUGCCGAAGGUGGACAAGGACUCGAUGAAUUAUUAAGCAGUCGUGAGAGUGUAUUGAAUGGAAUAACAAAUGGCAUCGAUGUUGAUAUAUGGAAUCCGGCAAUUGAUAAACACAUCCCAUUUAAUUAUUCGGUUGAUGAUCUCUCCGGGAAGAACCUUUGCAAAGCAGCACUGCAGAAGGCACUAGGGCUUGCUGUCAGGCCAGAUUGCCCAUUGAUAGGAUUCAUUGGAAGAUUAGAUUAUCAAAAGGGCACUGAUGUAAUUUUGUCAACUAUGCCAGAGCUAUUGCAGGAUGAUGUCCAAUUUAUUAUGCUUGGAUCAGGAGAUCCAGAUACUGAGCAGUGGAUGAGAUGGGCUGAGUCCUCCUACAAAGAAAAGUUCCGUGGUUGGGUUGGAUUUAAUGAACCUUUUUCCCACCAUAUAACUGCAGGGUGUGACAUAUUGUUGAUGCCCUCGAGAUUUGAACCUUGUGGUUUAAACCAACUGUAUGCUAUGAGAUACGGAAGCGUUCCAGUUGUUCAUUGCACUGGUGGCCUCAGAGAUACUGUUGAAAUUUUUGAUCCCUUUGCUGAUGAAGAUGGACGUGGUACCGGGUGGGCGUUUUCACCACUUUCAGGGGAGAGUAUGUUGGCGGCAUUGCGGACAGCUAUAAAAACAUAUAGAGAACACAAGUCUUCGUGGGAAGGACUGAUGAAGCGAGGAAUGCUGAAAGAUUUUUCAUGGGACAGUGCUGCUGCAAAGUAUGAACUGAUCAUGGAGUGGGCCUUGAUGGAUCCACCGUAUGUCAGAUGAGAUGCUCGUCUCUAAUCUCCUGCAUUGCUCUUGAUCACCCCUCGAUCUGUGUCUCAUUCCUCUGUUUUUUUAUUUAUUUAUUUCAUUUAUUGGCUGAUAGAUCUUUCCUCCAUAGGGCACUUGAAGUCAAUAGGUUCUGUUGACACAUUGUUUUCUAUCUUUUCCUUUCUUCUUACUGUAUACGAGUAAUGGUGAACCCGGCAUUUAGGUUGAACUAAGCCAGACACUUCCAACUUCUCACUGAGUGUCUCAGUUGAUUGAAGAAUCAACAAACUAUCCACCCAUAAAUUUAGAUUAGAUACAUAAAUUAUUCUUCAUGUUAUUGUGAGUUGUAUUUUCUAUUAGCAUCAUUGCUAAAUACAUGUCUGGAUUAGAUAAGUAUGCAGAUUUCUCAGAGGGGGAUGAAAUGGUUGGGAUGCUCCACUACUGAGCAAAGAUUUUCACUGAAA